AUGGGCAUGAUGAGGAACAGCUUAUUGCUAUUGCUGCUGACGUUGGCCGUGCUCGUCUCUGUAUCGCACGCUGAGACAGGCAAGCCGUGCUCCGACUACACGUUUGGCAACAGCAAAGAGAGGUAUGCAGCUUGCAGCAGCCUUCCCGUGCUCGACUCCUUCCUCCACUGGACGUACCACCCGUCCACCCACACUGUCGACCUGGCCUUCCGCCGCACGGGGGCCGCAGCUUCCGAAUGGGUCGCGUGGGCCCUUAACCCAACCGGGACGGGCAUGAUCGGGGCCCAGUGCCUCAUCGCCUACGUCGACCCCUCGUCCGGCGCACCCCGUGCCCACACCUCUGCCAUCGCCUCCUACCGCACGGCCCUCCAGCCAGGCAACCUCAGCUUCGCGGUCCCGUCCCUUAGGGCCGAGUUUGGGAAUAAGGAGAUGAUCAUACGCGCCACCAUAAAGCUGCCACAGGGGAGGACCAGCUUCCCCCAGGCGUGGCAGUUCGGCCCUGUUACCUCCUCCGGCCAGCUCCGGCAGCAUGGCGCUGCCCCGGGAAACCUUGGUGCCACCGCUACCAUCGACUUCUCCACGGGGACCAGCACACCCACUUCAAGGCGUUCUUCAUCUAAAAACAUUCACGGCGCGCUGAAUGUUGUGAGCUGGGGAAUAAUGAUGCCUGUGGGUGCCAUGGCAGCAAGGUACCUAAAGGUGUUCAACGUGGCCAACCCAGCGUGGUUUUACGUGCACGUCACCUGCCAAGCCUCCGCCUACAUAGUCGGUGUUGCUGGAUGGGUCACGGGUCUCAUACUCGGCACCCGCUCCCCUGGAGUCCAGCACACGCCCCACAGAUACAUGGGCAUCGCGCUAUUUGUCCUAGCCACCCUCCAAGCCCUGUCCAUCCGCCUCAGGCCCAAGCCCGACCACAAGUACAGAAUCUACUGGAAUGCCUACCACCACAUCACAGGCUACAUCGUCAUUCUUCUUAGCAUCGGCAACAUUAUCGUGGGUCUCGAAAUCUUGGAUCCUGGGAAGAAAUGGAAACGAGCCUACUAUGUCAUGCUCAUAGCCCUUGUAGCCAUUGCCACUCUCUUGGAAGCACUCAGUAGUUUUGUUGUCGCCAAGAGAAAGAGAAACCAGCAGCAGAAUUCAGUCGAUGUCGAUGGAUGUAGUGCCUAG